AUGCUGGGCCGGUGGGCUGUUCACGGCACGCGCUUAUCACGCGCCUGCACGGGACGCGCCUUCCACUGCACCCCGCCCACCCGUGACCGCAUCGCCGUGGGCAUCUCCGGCGGCGUGGACUCCGCGGUGGCGGCACUGCUGCUGCAGCGCGCGGGGCACGAUGUGCAGGGCCUGUUCAUGCGCAACUGGGACGAGGGGGAGGAGACCGGGAACCGCAACUGCUCAGUGGAGGCCGACGCGGCCGCAGCGGCGCGCGUCUGCCGCCACCUGGGCGUCCCCCUGGCCGAGGUGGACUUUGUGAGCGAGUACUGGACGCGCGUUUUCGAGGGUUUCCUGGCGCAGGCGGGGCGUGGCCUGACCCCCAACCCCGACCUGGCCUGCAACCGCCACAUCAAGUUCGACCUGCUGGCGGAGCGCGCCGCCGCGCUGGGCUGCGGCGCCCUGGCCACGGGGCACUACGCGAGGCUGGAGCCCGGCGACCCGCCACGCCUGCUGCGCGCGCGCGACGCGGCGCGCGACCAGACCUACUUCCUGGCCUCGUACCUGGCGCCGCUGCCCGGGCACUACCGCGACGUCGACUCCGGCGCCGACCUGGGCCCCGCCGCCAACCUGCUGGCGCUCACCCUGGGCCAGCGCGCGUCGGUCGGCGGCGGCCCGCAGCGGGCCUACGUGGCAGGCAAGGACGCGCGGUACGGGCAGGAGCCGCUGCCCUGCACGCUGCGCGCGCUGGGGAUGGGGGGGUUCCGGACGAGCGCGCUGUGCACGCUGCUGGAGGAGGACGAGCUGAUCGGGCCGGGCUUCCUGGUCGCGCACUUUGACGAGCCCGCCCGCGCCAUCACGCCCCAGCAGGCCUUUGUCAUGUACGACGGCGAGCGGUGCCUGGGCAGCGCCCUCAUCGCCAAGCCGGGGCCCAGCCUGGCCGAGGAGGCCGGGGGGGGGUGGCCUGGAUGGCGCACGCCCGGCAGCAGCGGACGCCUGAGAGGGCCUGUAAUUCUGCAUGCACGACGCUGA